AUGGAUGAUCCCAAUGAUUGUCCACCAAGAAGGUUCCUUCAAAACAUAGACCUCAACGAUGAUUCACUUUUCCAACGGGACAGACUUUAUCAUAGUACUCAUUAUGAAAACGUAACAUUUCUCAAUUGUACUAAAAAUGCAAAGGAACCAAUGUUUGAUCAUCUUCCUAAUAAUAUACCUUGUCUAAGCAAUGACAACUAUUUGAUCAUGUAUGCGUUACAAUCACUUCUUGGUAAUUUGUGGAGUCCAUCGUGUCAUGAGAUUGGAUCUGCUAAGGUUCCAGUUAAAGAUAAAUCCGGUCAACCAAUGGUUAUCAUGGAAGGACUUUACUCUAAUUUAAUGUUGCGAUGGAAUACACCUCUUUGUGGUUGCAAAGCACCACAAUAUUGUGGCUUUGCAUCGGAUAGGGGUCUUGAUGUUACUUGUUACGGUUACUUUGAUAAUAUGCCAGGCGUAAAUCCUCCAAGUCCAAAGCAUGAAAAUAUCUACUUUUUUGAAGUAGUAUGGGGAGUAACUGGAAUUUUGCUCCUCAUGGGGGUAACUCUAUCCCUAUGUAAAGAUAGACAGCAAAACCAUAUCCAGCAAACACAAACAAUUAUCAUCAUAGAACCAAGUGAUCGGGAACCCUCUUGGUUUGUGUUUGGACUUGAUCAUUCAAGGAUAGAACAAUAUCCAAAGAUUCAACUAGUAGAGAGUGGACAAUUGCCUAAGUCCAUUGACAAUGUUUGUUCCAUAUGUCUUGGUGAGUACAAACCCAUGGAGACAUUAAGGAGUAUACCUCAAUGUAAUCAUCAUUUCCAUGCAGAUUGUAUAGAUGUUUGGCUCAAGAUGAAUGCUACUUGCCCUUUAUGUAGAAAUUUGCCUGAGUGA